ACGAAUGUUAAGUUUUAGCUUUCAAAACCCUCCCCCAAACAAAGCAACUAAACGUUAGAUGAAAUGUUAGUCGUCUAAAAAGAAAGCCAAUGACUUCGUUUGGCCUCUUUUUCUUUCUUCAUCUCGUGGCAGGAUUUUGCUAUAGCCAAGACUACUGUCGCAACAUGCAUUUUCCUCCCCCACUAGAGGACCACGCCCUCUUUAACCACACCCUUCAGAAUAUAACUGACAUAUCGCUGGAUAACUGCAAAGUGAAAUGCUAUGUGAACCAAGCAUGUCAUGCUGUGAACUAUAAGAAAGGCGCGAAUCUCGGGAGCUGUGAACUGCUGUCCGCCAAAGCUGGAUCCUUCCCUAUAGAUUUGUUGAGGUUUCCAGGGAUUGACUUCUACGGGCCAACGGAGGUUUGUGUUCCAAAUCCUUGUCCCUCGACCAACAUGACCUGCGUUGAGUUAAAGGGGACCCCAAGAUACAGAUGUGAGUGUCCACAGGGAUACACCGGUGCCACAUGUGAAACAGAUAUCGACGAGUGCUCCAUAAAUGCUGCGAAUUGUCACGUGGACGCUAACUGCAUCAACACCGCUGGCUCCUUUACAUGCAUCUGCAAACCUGGAUAUACAGGAAACGGAGUGAGCUGCACAGAUAUCAACGAAUGCCUUGUUGAGAUGAGUAACUGCCAUGGAAAUGCCACCUGCGCUAACACCGCUGGUUCCUUCACGUGCACUUGCGAGCCUUGGUAUACCGGCGACGGAGUUGACUGUAUAAAACUCAUAACUCACCUUGGAUGCUAUCAAGACUCUAGUGACCGCGCUGUUGGACAGUUGGCAGUCUACCCUGCCGACCUCACAGGAUGCCUUGACUAUGCCACCGGCCAGGGAUACACAGUAUUUGCCAUGGAGAAUACUAUUGAGUGCUUUACUGGUGCGAACGCAAAUAAGACAUACAGCAAGCACGGUCCUUCUGAUAAUUGCAUUAAUGGUGUUGGUGGGAGAUGGGCUUUGGAUGUUUAUCGCAUAAAUUACGUAACCUAAUAAAGUGAACCAGGAUAUAAGCAUACCUGUCAACUCUCCCGCAUUAGGCGGGACACUCCAAUAUUUUGGACCCCUUCAGAAUGAAUCAGAAUCAGAAUGAUUUAUUGUCCUUCAGUGUACCAACUCUGGCGCAUUUAAAUACAUGAACAAUAAAUGAUGAAGUAAUGAAAA